GUCAAACAUAAUAAUAACAAGUAACCACUACAUAGUAAAACACUCACCUUAAUCUCUUCAUUUAGUUCAACUGAAUCUUCCUCAAAAUCAGAUAAUGGAUUCUCCUUUGUUGGGACCAAAUCAUCAUGUUUCUUUCAACAAAUUCAACAGAAAGUUUUUUCUAUGUUUUCUUCUCCUCUUUGUUGCUGUCACAACCAUUGUUGGGCUAGGAGUAAGAGGAAACAUAAGUUUUUGGAUAUUGAAAGGGACAGAAAGAUAUAAUGAAGGAAAAACAGCCAAUCAAGGACAUGUUAUUGAGUCGGAACUUGGAGUUGUUGCAGCUGAUGAUGCUCGGUGUUCUGCAGUUGGUGUUUCAAUGCUUAGGCUUGGUGGACAUGCUGUUGAUGCUGCAGUGGCUGCUGCGUUAUGCGCUGGUGUUGUUUUCCAAGCUUCAAGUGGCAUAGGAGGCGGUUCUUUCAUGGUUGUGAAAUCUUCUUCUAGCUCCAAAGCACAAGCUUUUGACAUGAGAGAAACCGCUCCUUUAGCUGCUUCACAGAAUAUGUAUCAAACCGAUCCCGAAGCUAAGUUCUUAGGUGCCUUGUCGGUGGGAGUUCCUGGUGAGUUAGCUGGCCUUCAUGCAGCCUGGUUGAAACAUGGAAGAUUGCCAUGGAAGACCUUAUUCCAACCAGCUAUAGGUCUUGCGAAAAAUGGUUUCACAGUGUCUCCUACUCUCGAAGAAUACCUAGCUAAUGAUGAAAAUAAGAUAAUGAGUGAUCCUGGAUUAAGAAAUAUUUAUGCACCGAAUGGAACUUUGUUAAAAGGAGGGGAGGUGUGUAGUAAUGUGGAACUGGGGAAAAGCUUAGAGAUAUUGGCAGAGGAAGGGCCACAAGCUUUCUACAACGGAACCAUUGGCGAGAAGUUAGUAAAGGAUGUCACAGAAGUCGGUGGUAUUUUAACAGUGGAGGAUUUACGAAAUUACAAGGUGGAAAUUACUGAUGCAAUGACUGUCAAUGUAAUGGGAUAUACUAUACAUGGAAUGCCGCCUCCUUCAAGUGGAACACUCGCUCUUUCUCUGGUCCUAAACAUCUUGGACAGUUACGAAAGUCCGGAUUCUGUAAAGGGAAAUUUAGGUAUACACAGACUAAUAGAAGCUUUGAAACAUACGUUUGCUAUCCGAAUGAACUUGGGGGACCCCGACUUUGAAAAUAUUAGUGGAACUUCAUCCGAAAUGCUUUCCAGAUCUUUCGCACAAACUAUUCAGCGCCAAAUACUUGAUAACACUACAUUCCCUCCAGAGUACUAUAUGGACAGGUGGAGCCAACUUAGAGAUCAUGGAACAAGCCAUUUGUGUGUUGUAGAUGCCGAUAGAAAUGCGGUAUCAUUGACAACAUCUGUAAACUGGCAUUUUGGAGCGGGGAUUCGUUCUACUUCAACUGGUAUUGUCGUCAAUAAUGAAAUGGAUGACUUCUCCACACCUACUGAUAUAUCUCCUGAUAAACUACCUCCAGCUCCGACAAACUUUAUUGAACCAAACAAAAGGCCAUUGUCUUCCAUGACUCCUAUUAUCAUUACAAAGGAUGACCAAUUGGUCGGGGUGAUUGGCGCAAGCGGUGGAAUGAGCAUUAUUCCAGCAGUGACGCAAGUAUUUCUUAAUCAUUUCAUCUUAGGAAUGAAACCAUUGGAUGCAGUUUUGAGACCAAGGGUCUAUACCAAGCUAUUACCGGAUACAGUUUCCUACGAGAACUUGAUUGAUCGUGAUGGUGGUCACAUCGAACUUUCAGAUGAAAGUAGGCUUUUCCUGAAAGAAAGAGGUCAUAAACUGUGUGUAUGUCAAGGAAAAGCUAUUACUCAACUUAUUGUUCAUACUCCCAAAACACCUUUGAACAUUAAUAGGAAAAUUGGUGAAAAUGCCGAUUCACAUGUAAAGCGCGGCACUCUAACAGCAGUAAGUGAUCCAAGAAAAGGCGGUUGUCCAGCUGCUGUAUAAAUAAAUCAAUUCAUCUUUUGUCUAAAUCGAUCAAUUCAUAUUGAAAUUUGUAAAAUUCAAAAAUGUCAAUAUAUAAUUCAUUAUUUAACCGGAACAUUUGUCCAGUCAUUGUUACAAUCUAUUCAUGUAUGUAGUGCUUUCUCGAAGCUAUUUCUGGAAGGAUGAAUUAAGUGUUUGGAUUAGUUCUGUUUAGUGCACUUUGUAAAUUAUUUAA